AUGUUAGACAGCACAAGAGGAACUCUGGUGCCACCAUGGUACAGGGCUGCGUCGCCGGAUGCCCAAGAAAUGAGACUGGUGAACAUUACGCUGGGCGUAACGCUUGGGAUAUGGCUCUGGGGCGCGGACAAGGCUUUCACUCAGACUCGGGCUAGUUGGAAGAAGCAUCGCCGCGUAAACGCCUACAUGGUUCUAAUCUGGUCAGAAUUAGCUGCCUGUCUUGUAUUUAGCCUCAUUGCUUGGUGCUUCCUAAAUGCCUAUUACGGGCCAAGGUUUGUCUCAUUGUCUUCCAUCUCGCCAUACGAUGCAAACACUAAACUACGGCUUAGUUUCGAACUCUUCUUUGCAAUUGUCGGUGUAUGGUGCAUACAGGUCCAAUGCCUCAUGCAGAUCAUAGUUAACCGCAUACGAAUUUUAAUGGACGUCCAAGCCCACGGAACGCGACUCAAGUGGGCUGUUUUUGGUACACUUCUUGUCGUCAAUCUAAGUGUUUUCUGUUUAUGGAUUCCCGCCAAGUUGCAGAUCAGCAAAAGUGUCAUACAAGCCAACGAAAUUUGGGAUCGAAUUGGCAAAGUCAUUUUUCUUUUCGUUGACCUUGGACUUAACAUAGCCUUUGUUUACCUCGUCAAGGCGAGGCUCACGGCCCGCGGCCUGACCAAGUACAACGCCUUGUUUAAAUUUAACGUCGCAAUGAUUUUCAUCUCCAUAUCACUUGAUAUCAUCAAUAUUGGCUUAAUGUCACUCAAUUCUCCAUAUGCAUAUUUUCAGUUUCAAUCACUGGCCUACGUUAUCAAAUUAAUCAUUGAGUUGACAAUGGCUGAUCUCAUCAUCCGUGUGGCAAGAUCUUCCAACGAGACUGGACCAUACGCGUUGCCAGGCUACAACGGCCCGACCUUUGCAUUGUCAUCUUACUCAUCAUGCGCAUGCCAAAGGGAACGAUGCUAG